AUGGAGGCAUUUCCCGAGGCUAAAUUUCUGCUGCCUGUGACGGAUCCAGAUGCUUGGUAUGACAACGUCGUCGCCGCCGGCCAAGAGCUCGCCGAGGACCUCGACGAGGCCGCGUCGGCACACCGCGUACUGUCGGGCUUCGAUUACUUGGCAGCCAUGACCCUUCGGCAGCCAUCGAUGAGGACUUGCAGUGGCUGCAUCAACUGGGGUUGCGAUUUUCUGAACCUCACCGGGAAGCCCAACCGAGCUCGGUGUGUCGCUUCCUACCGUGAACACAUCGACAAAGUGCAGGCCACCAUUCCACCGCACCGAUUACUCCUGAUAGACUUCUCCGACGGCUGGGCACCUCUGUCCCACUUUCUGGGCCAGCCGAUCCCAGCCUCCUGGCUGUGCACAGUACAUAGAACCCUUCGCAGAAGGAGAACUUGA